AUGGUUACUGAUUGUUCCAUUUGUUGUAAAUACAGAGAAAAUCAUGCAGAGCCGUUACUAACAACGUGUUUUCCUCAACGACCGUGGCAGAAAGUUGCUACAGACUUGUUUGUACAUAGCGGAAAAAAUUAUGUGCUUGUAGUUGAUUAUUAUUCUAGAUAUUUUGAAAUUGCUCCUUUGAAAAAAAGCACAACUGCUGAAGAUGUUAUCAAUCAUAUGAAAUCCAUAUUUUCUCGUCAUGGUAUACCAGAAACAGUUGUGUCGGAUAAUGGUCCACAGUAUGCUGCAGCUAUUUUUUCCAAAUUUGCUGAAGAAUGGGGAUUUACACAUUUAACAAGUAGUCCUCGCUAUCCUCAAAGUAAUGGAGAAGCAGAAAGAGCUGUAAAGACUGCAAAGAACUUAAUCAUAAAAUCCGAAGAUCCUUAUUCAGGUUUACUUGCAUACAGAUUAUCACUAUUGCAGAACGGGUACUCACCAGCAGAAUUAUUAAUGGGGAGGAAAUUACGUUCUAAUCUACCAGUAAUAUCCGAAAAGUUAACUCCAAAGCUUGCUGAUACGGCAAAAUUGAGAAGAGACGAAGAAAGUUACAAACGACGUCAAGCAGAAAACUUUAAUUGUCGUCACAGAGCUUCAGUCCUUCCAGACUUGAGUCCUGAUGUAUGCAUAUGGAUAUGUAACAUCAUAAUCUAA